CGACGCCUGGACAAUGGACGCUAGAGUCGAUUCCGACGCCGCUCCGAACACUUGUUGAAACUUCACAGACGCUCAAUUUUUUUCAAAAGUGAAUUUAAGUUUAUUUUGUGUGAUUUCUACUGGAAUUAAUAUAAAGAGUUUUUAAAAGAAAUCCGUUUCCAUACAGACCACGAUGGAUAAAUUAGCGCUGAUGAUGGACGUCCACUGAAAAAAAGGAGAAAAACGUCGUUUUUUUGGACGGCAUGACGUUGAUCCUAUCGGUAGUGUUAACAAUUAUUUGCACUAUCGGGAUCGCAUUUAACGGAUACACGGUUUUGAUUAUAUUAUUAACCAGACAGCUCACCACUGCCAACAACAUAUUACUGCUACAUCUAGGACUAAUAAACAUCCUUAUCGGAACGCUUUUCUUGAUUUUCUGCUUGCCAGGAAUUAAAGAAACGGAAUGGGCGAGCGCAGGAGCGCCGUGCGCUACCAACGGGUUCUUGUUCACCCUCCUACAUCCUUUGGCCCUCUGGACUAUUUGUGGCCUCAAUUGCGAUCGCUUCUAUGCCAUCGCUGCGCCCUUACAUUAUACGCAUAUUGUCAGCACUAGAAAGGUUCUCCUAGGAUUAUUCGUCGGUUGGAUCAAUUCAUUCCUCCUAGCCAUUCCGCCGCUGUUCAACGCGGCCCCCUACCGGUACCUGCAAGGAUUAGGGGCUUGCGCCCCCGAUUUCCGGACAGACGGUUCCGUUUGGUACGCUUCCGCUUACACCGGUUUCACUCUACUUUUACCGGCUACGGUGCUCAUUUGUUGCAAUGCCAAAAUUCUAAUCAUAGCCAGAUACCAUCGGCAUCGCAUAGCGUCGGCCAUUUUCGAAGUAGCCCUUUCUGCGCAAGUGACCAUCACGCAUCAGCGCAAUCCGUUUUUUGUGCCGACAGUGACGGCGCCGUCGGCUGGCGGGCCCAAGAUACGCGGCUCCAACCCAAUUCUGGCCGUUUUCCUUUUGGUUGGUUCGUUUCUGGUCGUUUGCGUGCCCUACUACGUACUCAUUUUGUACGAGGCCGUCGAGCACACAGUGCUACGUGCUACAGAAGUCAGAAACGGUAUUCAUUAUUUGUACAUGGCCGCUGGCACUUUGCUGAUUUGUUCGCCGGCUGUUAAUGGUUAUCUGUACGGUCUAAAAAACAAAGGCAUCAGAAAAGCGUUUAUGAACUAUUGGCGGAAAAAGCAAACGAAAAACGAAGUUCAUCACGAAAUCCAGGCCAGGACGCCGAGCACUUGCGGCUCCAGGAGGCCGUCUUUAACACCGUUCGGUCUUUUUACGAAAAACGCUACCGUAUCCAGACGAAUGUCGGAAACCCUGAUCGAUGUAAAUAAAUCGCUGAGGAAUCCUUCUUAUAAAAGUAAAAUCAAGAGAAUCACGUCUGAAUUUAUGUGGAGACCAUCUUCAGCUACUAGUCUUAAUUUGUCGCCGAAAGACGAGAUGGAGCCGAAACAAAUCAAACAAACGAUCAGUUGUAACACGUUACGAGUGCCGGCCGAGUGUUGCGUCGGCGCAGACGAAGAGAUUCACGUGUCGAGUGACGCUACUAGGGAGACGAUUUACGAGUCGCCGACAAAACCGUACAGUCCGGGCGCGUUUCUUCAGAAAAUAUUCAAGUUCGAACCGGACAAUAAGGCGAAGAAGGACGACGAUUCCGACGACAGUCCUAAAAGAUCGCCGAGGAUUUUGAUAACCAGAGCGUUUUCGGAGGAGAGCGACAAGAACUCGCAAGCCAGUUCGCCGAGCCGAGAGAUUCACAAGAAACACUCAAACUCGGCUUCGAAUUUGAUCGGAAGGAAGUGGCGGCACAUCAAAUAUCAGGACGAAGAAAAUUGCGUCAAAUCCAACAGCACAACAAAACCGUUGCUCGGCAGUAGCAGCCUAAGCAACCGAUCUUCCCAAUCGUCAGAAACAUCGGGAUCUUCGGGGAGAAUUUUCAUGAAUAUUGACAAUAGAAGAAUGUCGAUAGAAACUUCAGAACCUGAAUCGACCGAAGAACAUCAGCUGUUGCUGAACUGCGCACACAAAAAGUACAACAGGCCUGAAGAUGCCAGAAGAGCGAAACCUGCCAUCGUUAAAGUAACAGUGCAAACCAAAGAAAUUGUUCUCUAAUAAUUUUUAAGUGAUUAUAUAUUUUUUUUAAAUGCUUUUAUUAAUAUUAGAGAUGUUACAGGUAAAUAAUUGUCCAAAAUCCAAAAACCGUAACAUCUCUAAUUGAAGGCCGGUUUAUUCAACUUCUGAUAAAUUGUCCAGCUAACUUGCAAAUAGCUUAUCCGAAAAUGCAUAAACCGGGCCUCAAAAACAUUACCUCAAAAGAGAAAAAAAAAAAAGAAACAAAAAGAUAUUUUUUUAUUUAUAUAUAUUUAUUAACAUCUCCUAGCUGCUUUGUGAUUAUUUCAUUGUGAUAUUUUAUUUUAAACGCAAUCCAGUCACAAAUUUAUUUUGCAAUUAACUCGUAUAGAUAGGUACAAAGCUAAUUGAAUAUUUGCAUUCCAUUUUAUGUGCGUGGCAAAAUAUAGGGUGUUCCAUCCAAAAAUUGCCAAAUUUCUAAACAAUUAUCCAAAAAAAUUAAGCCAAACAAUUACUAUAGCGACAACUAAUAGAUUUGUUCAAGUAAUUGUGACUUGUUGUCCAUUGGAAAAACAAAAUUUUGAAUGAAACGUGAUAUCUUUUUGGAUUGGACACCCGGUAUACAUAGAUAAUAUUAUAAAAUACAGAUAUCAGUGACAAACAGGGUCAAGUUCACACUCAAAAACAAUCACUAAAUUAGUAUUUGUAUAUGCAUUCAAGUGACAUUAACUUAAAUUAUUUUUAAUAGAAGACAGGGUGGCUCAUUGAAAGAAAAAUUAUUAGUACUGAGACACCCUGUAUACAUAAAAGAUAUCCCAUUUCAAUCUCUCUUUAAGGAACAAUUUGGUACAAUUUUACUCUUAUUAAAAUCUCAUAAAUGUCAGUAUUAUUAGUUGAAUAGAUAAUAUUAUACAGGGUGACUGAAUGUAGUUAAUUUGAUCAAAGUUUUGGACACCUUAUAUAAUAUGAGAAAAUAUUUUAUUAUAUAAAAAUGCUAUAACUGUUUUCGGUUUUAUGAUGUAGAAGGAUUUGUUUUUUUUUUUGCUCAAAUGUACCGGGUGUCAAGUUAUAAAGUACCACUUCCUGUAACUUUUUUAUGUUUAUGUACGAUCAAAAAGUUAAGGGGUGGUACUUUAUAAUUUGACACCCUGUAUAUCUCAAUAAUAGGGAAUUCUCAUAAGAAAUAAAUAUGGUUCAUUAAUAUGUAUAACAUGUAGCACAUUUUCCUGUAAAAUAUUAAAUAUGAGCAGUUUUGCGUUUAAUUUAUCGAUAUUAUUCUCAUACGGCAAUUAUUAGUUUCAAAUUGAAAAUUUUCGUGCGGAAAAGCUAAGUUCAACAUGGCCGCUUUCGGUGACGUCAACUGUUUAUAAACCAAGGUUAAGGGUAGUUUACACUGACCGUGAAUAACGAACGUGGUCCACGCUUUCAUGGUUCAUUCUUGGGUCCUGAAGAACGAUUGGUCCACGAACAGCUCACUUCACGCCACGACUGAUAUUGAACCACCAUAAAUGGGUCUAUAGAAGAUUGUCAGACUGCGCUUCUGUAAAUCCUGUAUAAAUCAUGACAAACUAACUAAAAUACAAAAUGUCACAAUACGCCAAAUACAGGAACACCUCGUAAAAACUGCAUUCAAUGCAGUCAAAGGUGAGAGCAAUUCUUUCUGACAGUUUGCAAAGUGUCAGAGACUCUCGUGAGAACAGACCUUAACGUUGCAUUUACAAACAGUUGACGUCACAAGUACCGACAUCUUGAAGGUAAUCGUUUUCGCGCCAACGGAAAUAAUUUGAAAUUUUAUAUAUUCUUUUUAUUUUAACGAGAACAUAAUACAAAAGAAAACAUAUGUAUUUUAUAUUUGGAAACAUAAGCAAUAAGAAAAAAGAUAAUUUGAAAAAUAUGAUUGUUCCCUAUUGAGCAAAAAAAUUAAGAUAAAUCUUUCAAGUUGCUACAUGUAUAAAAAUAAUAUGUUAGAUUUUAGGCGUUAGGAAAAUAUUUGUCAGUCAGAGAAAACUCCGAGAAAGUCGGAAAUGUAACGUUUUCGUUGUAUCUACAACAAUAAGUUUUUUCUGCAAAGAAAUGGCGUUACAUUUCAAACUUUCAGAGUGUGAGCAAUUUUUUGAAAAUCAUUCUAAAAAAUCAUAAUCAUGUUUCAGUAUAUAAAUUGAAUGUUAC